UUAACACAUUUCCAUAUUCUGGAGCAUGUCGAAGAAAGAUGCAUUGAUGGACCAUCGGCGAUUCUAAUACGGGCUACACUCUUCUCUCACUCGAUUUCUAUCCAGUUAUUAUCAAAAGUAAUGACAAUCGAACACCCUAUUUUCAAAUCGCCCCAACAUCAUUAAACCGUCCGAGAUGCUGCUAAACUCUUUGCAGUCUAAGCUUGCGAGAUCUUGACAUGGACUUGUUUCAGCCGUGAUGCUCCGGCUUGCAAGACCCAGCACAAUUCGCCAGUUUACAAGAAAGCGGCCCCAUCUUACAUAUAAGCGAGUAUCCUGUACUCUGAUUUGACCCCAAUGCUCCCAGAUCAUUGACAUAGGCAUAAUGUACUAUGAUGUUCUUUCCAAGCCUUGACCCAUGAUCACCUCAUACACAAACUUUGAUUCGCUACAAUUUGGACCCCACGAUGGCUUGGGGCCGCUCGUGUUCGUCCUCCUUUGCUAUGUAUAUCAGUCACCACCCGAAAGUCCGUUUACACGCACGAGUCUUUUGGUCACUUUCUGCCAUUUAUAUGAUCUCAACUAAUUCGAAUUCGCGAGUACAUUCUCUGCUCUGCUAGCCCUGGGUGGCUGACUUUCCAUCUUUUAUCUGUCUAAUCUUCAUCAUAAAUAUUUAAACUUUUCAACUCAGAUCUUCCAGAUAGAUUGGGAAGAGAUGUCUGACGAGGUGGCAACCGGUUUCUGGUACAACUGGGAGCAUGGCAAAUUCAGAGGAGCGACAUUGACGUUGCCAACCACUGUCGGCCUGGUCCUCGUCUCUUUCCUUACUCUGUGGGUGCAGUUUGCGGGUGCCUGUUUCUGGCGAGUUCUCUGCUUCGUGAUACACCAAAUUCGCUCUUCGACAGCUCCGCACUCUGGCCUUUUCCAUCAGCAGCAAAUCAUCCUGCGCAAUUCAGUCACUGCGCCUAAUGCCUUGUGGAGUUUUGCCCGCUCCGCCGUUGCCUGGAGAGGUAGAUCGAAGGCGAUAUUCCGAGACACCCUGCCCUUACUCAUCACCGCAAUAUGUACAAUCGGCUUCUUCUCAACGGCUUCGCUGCUGUCGUCAAAAAUCACAAGUCUAAGCAGCAAUCAAGCUCUGCUGAAGAGUGAAUCGUGCGGGUUUCCCAAGGACAUGAUCAACGUUCGCAAUACAAGUACAACGUCACUGAAUUCGUCGGAACUCUUGGACUUCAAUGCCCUCGUCAUUAUGGGACGUCUUACUCUAAGCAAGAGUAUGACAUACGCUCGCACCUGCUAUGCCAGCCAGAAUGCCUUUACUUCAGCGGAAUGUAGUAAUUUCGUUCAGCCAAUACUUGUAGGUGUCAAUUCGUCUGUAGUCGACAACACUUCCUGUCCGUUUGGAAACAAUGCUUGCGCGGAGGCAGCUGUAAGAUACGAUUCGGGGCACAUACACUCGAAUAUCGAUCUUGGCUUGAAUUCUCCGAGGAAUGAGGCAUUGACCAUGCGUCGCGUCACAACUUGCGCGCCAAUUAACGCGACCCGAUAUGCUACAGAAUGGCGAGACAAUGUCCCUGAGGCGUUUGGCAGAGGUGCAACUAACACCAGCGUCAAACUAUACGAAUUUGGGAGAAGCUUGCUAGGUUCAGAAGGAGAUGGGCCAGACAAAAAGAGGGUCAUCAAUUGUGAUGCCACAUACCUAGGCUUUGUGACCAACGAGACUACCUUCUGCGUUUCCAAAUUCAUGAAAACUUAUUUCCAACAAGCUUAUACUAUACGAGCCAGCACAGUAUAUCAGGACAACGCGGACGUGAGCGACUUUUUCCCUAUUCCCGACUUCCAGGUCCCGAACGCCGAUGUGACUCUCAUAUCCAUCUUCACCCAAGCCAAAUAUAUCGAUACGGUCAACGACACACUAUUCAGCGCGCAGAAUACUGAACAGAGAGGAGAUGUCAAAUUUGCAUUGCCAAGUAACGACCUUUCAGUGUUGGGAUGCACUGAGCAGUACCAGUUGUGCAACGCUGCAACUGAAAAGUGUACCGAACUAGCUGGUCUUUACAAGAUCAAAAGUACUCUCGAGAGCGAUGCGCUUAAAUUAACACGGUAUCAAACCGCAUCGGCGAAUAUUCUCUGGAAGACAGCUUGGGGUAUGGCGCUACAGUGGGCCUGUGAAGUCCUCUCUGACAGCCUCCUCCUUGCGCAAGAUUCGCUUUUUACCGCAAAGUCGCAAACAUCGGCGCCGCUUCAAGAUGGCCACUGGCAACGCGAGGCAUGGCAACUGCACAAUAUGAGUCUAGCAGUGAUGCAGCGCCGCGUCUACGAGCACGCGAGUCCCGGAAACUUCACCGUCCGCCCGGGCGUUUACUCCACGACUCAGCUCGCCACGCCACAGGAUGCGGAGAGCCGUGAUUUGUGUAAACGUCAAAAGACACGCAGCAAUUCCAGCAUCAGCAUCAGUGUGAUGGGCAUGAGCAUUAUUCUCAUUGUUGGCGCGCUAUUCAUUCUGCUCGACUGGUUCUUCAUACAACAAAUCUUCUGGUUCCGCUCCUUCUCACACGAACGCUCCUCUAAAAAGGCGGACUGGACAUCGGGAGGCACGCUGCAACUUCAGAGGCAGGUCCUGGAGAGUCGUGGCGUCCAAGGUUGGAAGGCAACAACGCAGGAUAUGGCGUUUCCUGUGCUCCUCGAAAACGAAAGAGUAUUUCGGCAUCUGGGUCUUAGAGAUGAGGGAACGGCGGGCUUACCGCACAUCGAUACGGGAUAUGGAACCAGGCGGAGGAGUGCGAUGAUGCAUUCUGCACACAACGGGGACGUCGAAUACGUGGCAUUGUCCGAUUUCGAUAAGGGCCUGGGUAAGAAGAUUUGA